GCCAGUAUUUUGAUUCGUAUGUGCUGGAAGUAAAAGCAAAAAGAGAAAAGUGUCGGUCGGUCGGUCGGUGUCGGGGAGGGGGGGGCCGAAGACGAGGACCUGUCAGAAACCGUUCCCGGCUCUGUCAGACGGGCUCCGUGUUCGGGCAGGCAGAAGGCCCGGGGCCUCAGUGCGCUCGGCUGUAGUAGCUGGACUUCUCUCGGCUUCUCCUCUCGCGGCUCCGCGGCCCUCUGGAGCUCCGGCGGCGCUGUCGGGUGGCGAAGGCGGCCCGGGGAGCGGCAGCGGCGGCGCGGAGAUGAUGUUUAAGAUGAAGGCCAGUUGUUGCCACCACUGACGCUGCAGUGCGCUGAACACAACACGCUGUCCUGAACUGGCAACAUACGAAUGGCCCAGGGAAGCCACCAGAUUGACAUUCAGGUUUUGCAUGACCUGCGCCAGAAGUUUCCUGAAGUCCCGGAAGGUGUCGUUUCCCGGUGUGUUCUACAGAACAACAACAAUCUGGACGCCUGCUGUGAGUAUCUGUCCCAGGUGAGUCCAGCCUACUUGUACAGUGAAGAAGGAAACCUCAGUUUCUCUGACGACCCUGGCUUGAUUAGGCUUCGGAAUCCCAUGACCCAGCUGAAUCUGGGCCCGCAGUCUCAGAAUGUGCAUGUAGCCCCGGGGCGGGACGGCCCGAGAAUGAACGGCAGCCGGACUUUGGCCCACAGCUUGAGUGACGGGCCCCUUCAGACAGGCCAGUCCAACAACAGUGACUUUUUUCAACAGGAGCCCCAGUCGGCCCCGGUGCAGGUGCCGUCCAGCUUCAAUGUUUUUGGUGUGAUGGAACCUACACGUAAACCACAGCCUCCCCAUAACCUUGGACUCUACCCUCUGGGUGUCAAAGGAACCACUGGUCCCCAUCAAAUGCCACGCUUCAACCCCAUUACCGUGACGCUAGCCCCCAACAUCCAGACAGGCCGCAACACUCCUACUUCUUUGCACAUACACGGAGGGCCGCAGUCGGGCUUAAGCAGUUCACAGGGUAACUCCAUCUACAUCAGGCCCUACGUUAGCCAGUCCGGUACGACUCGGCAGAACCAGCCGCCGGGAGGCAGAGUCCAGUACAGCCCCACUUCCCAGCCCCAGCAGCAGAUCUACCAGAUCUCACACCCCACCUCGCUGCCUGGCUCCUGGUCUGGUCCUCAACAAGCCUCUUCCUCACAUACCUCACAGCAGCAGACCCAGGGCCACCAGACCUCCCACGUCUACAUGCCAAUCAGCUCCCCCACAAAUCCCCAGGCGCCUUCGGUUUUCCAAGCUUCCCCUGCAAACCAUGCUUCCUCCUCCUCCUCCUCUGGUGUUUCCUCCUGCUCUUCUUCCUCUACAUCUUCUGUCUUGCCCACCUCCCUGUCCACCAUCAGCCAGUACAAUAUCCAGAACAUCUCCACGGGCCCACGGAAGAAUCAGAUAGAAAUCAAACUUGAAUCUCCUCAGAGGAGCAACUCCACAACCACGACAGCCGUGCUGCGGACCAGCAGUGGGCCCCGUUCCUCCUCCACGUCCUCCUCGUGCCCUUCGUCCUCUUCAUCAACUGGGGUGACUACUGUCCCCACCACUCCUUUGUCCAUCGGAGGCCCGAGUCUAAGUCGCAGCCAGCCCACUGUUUACAUCUCUGCCAGCCCGCCCACUGCUGCUGCUGCUCCCUCUGAGGACGCCCCCGUGGCCUCAACCAGUUCCCGCCCCCAACCUAAAUUUUACAUUUCUGCUAAUGCCUCUAGCGAUGACGGUGGAUGUAGGAACCCACCCACAGUCUACAUCUCAGCCAACCCUCCAAUGCAAGGGCCCUCAGGAGCCAGGAACAUAGGUGGUCAGGUCAGCAUGGGCCCCGCCUACAUUCACCACCAUCCGCCGAAAUCCCGCGCUUCUAUAGGAGGAGGAGGAGGAGGAGGCACUGCUUCUUCCCCACGUGUGGUGGUGACUCAGCCCAACACCAAAUAUACUUUCAAAAUCACAGUGUCCCCCAACAAGCCCCCUGCUGUGUCCCCUGGGGUUGUGUCCCCUACGUUUGAGCCCACCAACCUCCUCAGCCUACCCCCAGACCACCCCUUUGUGGAGCCGGACCCUCUCCAUCUCUCAGACCCACUGGCGCCACACCGGGAGAGGCCAAGUGAACCUCGCCGACUCAGCAUGGGCUCGGACGAUGCUGCAUACACGCAAGCGUUGUUGGUCCAUCAGAAGGCCCGCAUGGAGAGGCUGUGGCAUGAGCUGGAGCUGAAGAAGAAGAAGCUGGAGAAGCUAAAAGAGGAAGUCAAUGAGAUGGAGAAUGACCUAACCCGAAGACGACUGGAGAGAUCCAACUCUGCCUCACAGAUCCCUUCUAUUGAGGAAAUGAAGCAGUUACGUUGCAAAAACAGGUUAUUGCAGAUCGACAUUGAUUGCCUCACCAAAGAAAUCGAUCUCCUUCAAACAAGAGGACCACACUUUAAUCUCAGUGCAAUCCAUAACUUCUAUGACAACAUUGGAUUCCUUGGUCCCGUCCCACCCAAACCCAAAGGUACUUCAUCUGUUGACUCCAGCAGUAAGAUCGUGAAGGCCAUCGCAGACCAGGAGGAGGACGAGGGGACGCAGUGGAACUGCACCGCCUGCACCUUCCUCAACCAUCCCGCCCUCAAUCGCUGUGAACAGUGCGAAUUCCCGCGGCGCUUCUGAGCCAAGCAGGCUGCAACACGACGCCCCUCUGCCCGCCUUCUUUCUACCACACUAGAUUAGAAAAGGACUCUGGGUGAUCCUUCUUUCCGAGUCGUGUGACCUUGGGGACGGGGGCGUGGUCCUGGCACGAUGCGGGGCCCGUUACGGUUGAUAUGGUUUUUUGCCUCUGAGGUCAUCAGAAUCCCGUCCUCUGAACUUACUGGCACAGUUGGACGAUACCUCACCUUCGAGUCGUGGACGGUCUCAAUACCUCGCUGCUCCCACUUACAGUAUUACGAGUGUGGCAGGUGCAUUUGUGCCUUUUGCUGAAUACGUUUCUUGUUUUGUUUUUUUCGGCUGCCGUGGCGUGACCGGGGAUCGGGAACUGAGGUUGGCCACUGCGCUCCAUCUGAAGGGAAAUUUAUUGGACUACUCGUGGACUUUACUGUUUGCUGUUUCUCGGGGAGGUUGGGGGGGCCCUGCGUCCUCCCCCCUCAGUGUCCUCCUUCAGUCACGAGUUGGUGGUGAACGUGCAUGCUUUGUGUACAGUACACGGAGGCCUUUUACUGUACAUAUGUUUAGAAUAUGCCUUAACUCCGCCUUCCUCACACUAAGAAUCACUUGUAUUUCCUGUAAGUAGCUCUAUAGACUUUAUUAACUGCCUUGUUUUGUUUCCCUCUCUCUAAUACGUACCCUGCUCCCUUUUUAAGCUUUACCACUUUUUUUUCUGUGAGAGUUGAAGCCUUGCAGGAGGAGGAGCAGAGGAGUAAAAAGAAAACCUUUUCUGUCAUUGUGAAGCUACAUCCACCCGGUCCGUUCAUCGCUCGUGAAGUGUGAAGGUGAGGGAGUUUUUCUCUCUCUCUCUCUCUCUCUCUCUCUCUCUCUCUCUCUCUCUCUCUCUCUCUCUCUCUCUCUCAUAUCUGUGAGGGAAGCAGUCAUAAAGCAAAACAACAAUGUGCCAUCAUCUUAUCUGACAACUGGAAUGUAGGUUUAGUGUUUGGGACAGUCGAUUUAACGCUAACAGCUGGUUAACUUCACCCUCAAGUCCUUUGUGAUGUCAUCAGUCAAAGUCUUUCUUCCAUUUCCGGAGUGCCAGUGGUUGUGUCCCGUACUUUGUACCCGGGGUUGCACUGACCAGUCGACCUGACCGCUGUGCAGUUUACACUUUAAGCUUCAUGGCGACCAGUUACUGAGUAUGACGCUCCCUUCGGGGAAACGUCCUCUGUCUGUGUUCAGGGAGGCAGAUUGUUGCAAAUGUGCAACAUAGAGCUGUCAAGUAUUUACGCAAAUAUUAACUAAGGGAAUUAAAGUCUUCAGCGUGAAGAUAACUGUCACCGGUCGACUUGAGCACACCAACCUACACGGAACACAUCGAGCCAAAUGGGAAGGCAGCAUACAGACGGUGUAGGGAAUACGGUUAAAUUUCAAAAUAAAAUGCUCCGUGCAGAUUGUACAGAACAGAUUGUAUUUUACUUUGAUGAUGCUAACGGGGGGUGUGACGAUACACAAGCUUCACGAUAUGACACAUAAUUACAUCAUGGUUCCCACUGAUUACGUAGAAAAAAUCUGUGGUGAAUGUUUUAUCUUUAGAGAAACAGUUCUGAAGUUUAGAUUCUAAUCCUUGAUGUCGUUCAUUUGCUGUUGGUAUAUUUUGUAAAUCCAGCUAAAGCUCGGACAGCGAGCUCAAAGCUAUCACAGCACGCGCUUUCAAUCAACUUCCAUCUGGGCAUCUUUUAAAUGUGAAGCUCCCGUUCUUGGGGCCAAGCGGCGUUGGCGUCUUCAUCAUGUUUACAAAGGUGGGUAAGAGGGCAUCACUGAGCAGGAUUAAUCAGCUUUAUUUUUUUUUAAACCUGUUUUUUAUACUUAAAUGUGUGAUUUUAUUAUUUUUUGUUUGUUUAAAUCAUCCUGUUGGCAAAUAUUCAGCCUGCCUGAAUGUAAACAUCAGUCAGUGGGAUCUCCAAUAACUGCUUCAGCGCCCUUCACUGACUCUGCGUGCACACGGUGGCACCUCACAGUAUUCAGUGGGGCAGGCGCGCUAACAGUUAGUGGCUCACAUGCACUGUGAUGGCGAAGCGUCUUUCUAACUGGCGUCACACGGGACAAUCAAACAGGACGCGGCAUCUCGCUGUUAUUGCGAUGCACCUGAAAUUUUUUUGUGCAUGUUCGCUUACAAAUGAAUUUUAAGAGCGGGAAACAAACAUGGAUAGCGGUUGUUGUCAUUCAGUGCUGGAUUACACAACGUGACAAGAGGGGAAAAAAAAGAUAUCAGGUUCAAACACAGACUUUAGGAAGGACUGGUGGUAGAUGUGGAAAUAUGUGAUUAUUCCAAACUUCAGACAGUGACCUCGAUCUCGUGUUUCCGUGUGAAAUUGGUGACCAGCUUGUCUCAGCAUUUCAAGCCUGGAACAUAUACGUGUUGUUGCGAUGUGUCAGCGUUCCCGUCUCCCCUGACGGUUAUCAGUUACGUCGUCAGCGGUUCGUCAACCUCGAUGCAACUUAAGUGUCGGCUUAAAAAUUUGUGCAACCCCGAUGUUAUAAACACCAGGUCAGAUUUUUAGCAGAAAAGA